AUGGAAGCAAAUGGUGAGAUGGGACUAAUUGGAGAAAAUUUUGAUUCUGGUUUGAUGGGUAGGAUGAGGGAUGAUGAUUUUGAAAGUAGGUCUGGAAGUGAAAAUUUUGAUGCUUCUGGUGAUGAAUUUGAUGCUGGUGAUGAUCAUCAACAAAACAAGAGGAAGAAGAAGUAUCAUAGACACACUCCUCAACAAAUUCAAGAGCUCGAAAAUUUCUUCAAGGAGUGUCCUCAUCCUGAUGAGAAGCAGCGCGCUGAUCUUAGCAAGAAGCUUGGCUUGGAGAACAAGCAAGUCAAAUUUUGGUUUCAGAAUCGACGAACCCAAAUGAAGACGCAAUUGGAACGUCAUGAGAACAUGAUUCUUAGGCAGGAAAAUGAGAAGCUCCGAGCUGAGAACAGUGUGAUGAAGGAAGCUAUGGCAAAUCCAAUAUGCAGCAACUGUGGCGGCCCGGCAAUUCCUGGACAAAUUUCAAUGGAGGAACAUCAGAUUAGAAUUGAGAAUGCUCGACUGAAGGAGGAAUUGGCUCGAGUGUGUACCUUGUCCAACAAGUUCCUAGGCCGUCCAGUCUCUGCAUUGACUGGAAUGUCUAUGCAGAAUCCGAAUGCAGGUUUUGAAUUUGGUAUGGGAAGGAAUGGAAUUGUUGGUCCGAGCAAUUUCAACAUGUCGCUGCCAAUGGGAUUUGACAUGGGAGAUGGAGUUAUGGGAGCUCCACCGUCAAAUUCUGUAAUGCGAUCACCAAUGGGAAUGAUCGGAAAUGAUGCCCAGCAGGAGAGAGCUGUGCUUAUUGAAAUCGCAUUAGCUGCUAUGGAUGAGCUAAUCAAAAUGACCGAACCUGACACCCACCUCUGGAUUAAGAGUCCAGACAACGGGAAGGAAAUGCUGAACCAUGACGAGUAUGCAAGGAUUGGUUCUCCUUUUAACAGUCCAAAACCAAAUGGUUUUGUAACUGAAGCUACAAGAGAAACUGGGCUGUUAUACACCAACAGUGCCGCUCUCGCGGAAAUAUUCAUGGAUGCGGAUCGGUGGUCGGAGAUGUUUCCAUGUAUGAUUGCUCAUGCUGCAACCUUGGAUGUAUUAACUAAUGGAAUGGGUGGAACCAGAAAUGGAUCUAUGCAAGUGAUGCAUGCAGAGAUUCAAUUGCCUUCUCCAUUUGUCCCGGUUCGGCAAUAUAGAUUCCUCAGGUUUUGCAAGCAGCAUGCUGAAGGUGUUUGGGCUGUAGUUGAUGCUUCCAUCGACUUUGGUCGGAAUGGUCCCAACGGUAACCCUUACAUGAGCAGUAAGAAGCUUCCAUCUGGCUGUAUUUUGCAGGACAUGUCCAAUGGUUUUUGCAAGAUUACUUAUGUGGAUCAUUCUCAAUAUGAUGAGAGUGCUGUCCACCAAAUCUUUCGUCCAAUGGUUAACUCCGGUAUCGCAUUUGGUGCUCAUAGAUGGGUUGCAACUCUCCAGAGGCACUGUGAAUCCCUUGCUAUCCUCAUGUCACCCGUAUCAUCUGAUGAAUCUGCAGUCAUGAGCCCACAGGGCAAGAGAAGCAUGUCAAAGCUCGCGCAGCGGAUGACUGAUUACUUCUGGUCUGGAGUUUGUCCUUCGUCAGCUUGCAAGUGGGACAUGCUUCACAUUAAUAACAUGGGCACCAGUGACGUGAGAAUCAUGUCCCGAAAAAUUUCGGAUCCCUCUGGUGAAAAUCAUAGCAUUGUGCUAAGUGCUGCAACUUCUGUUUGGAUGCCAUUGUCGCGGCAAAGGGUAUUUGAUUUCCUCCGUGAUGCACGAUUGAGAGGCGAGUGGGAUGUUUUGUCCGGUGGUGGAUCAAUGCAGGAGAUGGUCCAUAUUGCUACGGGACAAGCAAUUGGAAAUUCCGUUUCUAUCCUCGGUGCUAAUACUGUAAGUGCUCUUUUUUCCAUUAUGCUAUAUCUGCAAGAUUCAUGGACUGAUAGUUCUGGCUCAAUGAUUGUGUAUUCUCCUAUCAACAUGGAUUCCUUGAGCUUGGUGAUGAGCGGUGGCGAUUCUUCAUCUGUUGCUCUGUCGCCUUCGGGCUUUUCAAUUCUUCCGGAUGGCCAUUCAAGUAACAACAACAUCGUUGGAACUUCAAGUGACGGAAGUAGCAGCAGUGGAAGCGACAAUGACAAUGGCGGAUGCUUGCUCACAGCUGGAUUACAAAUGGUGCUGACCAAUGUUCAAUCAAGUAAGCUAACAAACGAUUCCGUUGAUACCAUUAAUGAUCUCAUCGCAUGCACCGUUCAGAAGAUCAAAGACGCUCUCGGAGUUGCAUGA